AUGGGGGUGCUGUCAAACUGCGUGAAACCCAAUUUUUUGGGUUUAUUAAAAUGUUUAAACAGUUUAAAUUGGUUUAUUGUGUUCUUUAGUUUGAUAAACCUAUCAGUAUGCAUUUACGAAGACCAGAUAGGAAAAUUUGACUGGCGUCAAACAUAUGUAGGAAGGAUCAAAUUUUCCCAGUUCGAUACUGUGUCUACCGCUAAGAAAAUAAUUGUCGCCACAGAAGAGAAUGUUUUGGCUGCACUUAAUUUGAAAACUGGUCAAGUAGUAUGGCGUCAUGUGUUCGAGAGUGCCUCAACAGGCAACAUACAACUGUUGCAUGUCACAGAGAAAGUGGUGACAGUCUCUGGGUCAAAUCCAUAUCUGGUGAGAGGAUGGGACUCAGCCACAGGUGUCCUGCUAUGGGAGUGGUCACUGACCUUACAGAACGAGGACCAUGUGGACUUCUCAGAAUGGUGGGUGCAGAACAACAUGUUGGUACACAUGGUACCCAUAUUUGGCUCCCACAUUGAAGUCACAAUGUACAAUGUAUUCAAUGGCCAGAACAAAGGUGCUUCGUCAAAGUUACCGGCUCCGUGGACUAAUGAGGGAUGUGUGCUAUCUGCACCCUAUUACACAUGUAUCUCGGGCGACGUGAGCAGCGGACUGCUCCUCUCACUCGACGUGACGUCAGACGCUGUACAGCUUAUAAGCCGACCAUUAUCAGAAUAUGUUAGCUUACAAUCAAGCUAUGUGAACCUAAGCCCUCUCGACGGCAACAGUGUUAUACCAGGAUUUACGAUAGAUAAUAGAAAAAUUGUUAUUAUAAAGAAUAAUCAGUUGGAGCUUUUGAAAGUGGAUGUAACGGAUCCGUCGGCGAGUGUUACUGUAAUAGAGAGUGUGAAUGGGCCAUUAGUGUUGCAGGCGUGGAGUGAUAAUGAUUUCUCAGCAGUGGCUCACAGUGUCAGCACGGGGUCUGAAGUUAAAGAGCUCCAGUGGUCGGACCGUGAGCUUAAACUACCUGACCCGGAGAUAUCGUCCGCACUCUGCACCAAGUCAUCACGAGAACAGCUCGUUUGCAGGAUACUUGUUACAGCUGCUGAUGAUUCUACGCAUUUGAUACAGCAAGACGGUCGUGUGGUAUGGUCUCGCGAAGAAGCCCUCUCCAACGUAGUGGCUGUGGAGUUUGUCGAGUUGCCAGUGUCUGACUUAGAUGCCGCCAUCGAGUCAGAGUUCGACCAAAAGGAAGGUUCCAUCUGGGCAGCUUUCUCCCGCCGUCUGCAGACACAAAUCCAACAGUUGCAGACGCUCAUACAGGGUCUACACAAGGGCGAGGGUAUGGAGGAGGACGCUACGUCUCCUCUAGUUAGGGAUUACUUCGGACUACACAAGAUCAUCGUACUCGUCACAGAAGUUGGCAAGAUCUUUGGUAUGGACAACUUAUCCGGUGCGAUUCUAUGGAAGUACUAUGAACCAAACCUUGACACAGAAGGUGUAGUUGUGUUCACUCGAAGAACUGCGAGACAUCCGCCGAACGAUGCAUAUUUAACUGUUGUGGGGAAACAUGAGGAGUCAGGCAACGGCCUCAUCAUAAGUUUGAACCCGAUAACGGGUGCAUUGAUAGGCGAGCGUUUGCUGCAGUUGGACGUGCAGCUCUUACAAGUUGCGUUGCUACACAAACCUGACAACGAGAAGUUACACGCCCUUAUAUUGUUGGACAAAGACGAGAAUGUGCAGAUUUUGCCGAUAUCAGCGGCACCGUUAGUAGAAAAUAUGUAUAUGUACGUAGCGGAGAAGACGACCGCCACAGUGCACGGCUACGCAAUACUGUACGAUGGCAAGUCACUGAUAGCUCAAAAGACAUGGUUGACCCACUUGGGUGGAGGGCCGGGGUCGGGUCACCGCAUCGUGACGGCGGCGCGCAAGGCCCCGGGCGAGCGCGUGCACUCGCCCGGGCGGGUCUUACCUGACAGGAGCGUGCUGUACAAGUACAUCAAUCCCAACUUGGUUCUAUUCGUGACUGAGGGACCGGACGCGUUGCACAAAGAUGUGGUGGUGGCGUCGUGCGUGGACGCGGCGUCGGGCGCGGUGGUGGCGGCGCAGGCGCAUCGACGUGCGCGGGCGCUGGCGCUGGCCGUGCACACCGAACACUACGUGGCCUACCUCUACUACAACGACAAGCACCGCCGCACUGAGAUAGCCACGAUGGAGCUGUACGAGGGCAAGCAGCGCUGGCUGGCGGCGGGCGCGGCCUUCAGCUCGCUGGAGUCGUGGCGCGCGCCCAGCGUGUCGCGCCACGCCUACGUGCUGCCCGCCGCGCCCAGCGCCGCCGCCGCCACCACCACCGAGCGCUCGCUCACCGACAAGCACAUCCUGCUGGCGCUGUCGUCGGGCGCCGUGGUGGAGGUGCCGUGGGUGUACCUGGAGGCGCGGCGCGGCGUGGGGCCCGACCUGGAGGGCGUGGUGCCCCCGCCCCCCGCCCCCGACGUGCCGCUGCCGGCCGAGGCGCGCCUGAACUACAACCGCACCGUGGCGCGGCCGGAGCGCGUGUACACCGCGCCCGCCGGCCUCGAGUCCACCAGCCUCGUGCUCGUCACCGGCCUGGAUCUAUUCUACACGCGGGUGGCGCCAUCGAAGACGUUCGAUCUACUGAAGGAUGACUUCGACUAUUAUUUAAUAACGAUAGUCCUCGGGGCCUUAAUAGUGGCCACGUAUAGCACCAAAUACUUUGCGUCGAGGAAGAUGCUCAAGCUCGCGUGGAAGUGA